CCUAUAAAUACAUACAUCCAACGCUUCCCAUCCGAAACAUCCUCGAGACAGCUGAAAUCCUUCCAUCAGAAAGCGCAAAGGGAAAGGGAAAAGAUGGCCCUAAAUCCUCAGCUCUUCCAAAAUGGUAUGCCGAUUCCUUUCACCAACGAGAUGUUUGUUCUGGUUAGAGAUGGCGUCGAGUUCGAGGUGGACAAGAUCCCCGGAUCGAACGGAGGUCGUGUUAAAGCACGGGGCGCAAUUUACUUGUCCAAUAUACGGAUGGUCUUUGUUGCAACUCACCCUGAUGGGAAUUUCUUUGCUUUUGAUAUGCCUCUGCUUUAUGUGCAUGAUGAAAAAUUUAACCAACCGAUAUUUCACUGCAACAAUAUUUCUGGUCAUGUGGAGCCUGUGGUUCCGGAAAAUGAGCAUAGAGCUCUCUACUCCACUCAUUCAUUCAAAAUUUUGUUCAAGGAAGGUGGCUGUGGCACCUUUGUUCCACUUUUCUUAAACUUGAUAUCCUCAGUUAGACAAUAUAAUCAACAAGUAAAUCCUGGACCAGAACCUCGUAUGGAUCCUUUACAAGCAGCACAAACUCCUGUUGAUGAAAUGAUGAGACAUGCAUAUAUUGACCCUAAUGAUCCAACAAGAAUCUUUUUACAACAGCCUGAUACACAGUCUCAGUUAAGGCGGCGCACGUACCAAUCCCAACCGGUUGAAGGCUCAAUGUGAUUUUGAUCUUAGCUUAUAAGAUCAUAUUGUUAAGAAACUAAAGUGCUGUUAAUGUGUUGUGUAAUUAAGUGCUGCAUAAUGGCAUGACAUAAUGCUACUGUUUCAUUUUGUCUUUUGUCCAUUGUCUUUACCAAAAUGAGUGAAUGGCAGUUACUUGUUUAUAUGCGUUUCAUGUUA